AUGUCAACAACGACAGCAACAAGUAUUGCUCAAACGGGAGUCUCUUCUUCCGGGUUAGCAGUGUCAGAGGCGGCAAGAUCAGUCAUGGAAACAGGUGUAACACCAACACUGCCGCCCCCAUCAACCGAAGUUUCGGUUCGACCAGUAAAUCGGAAUCUUGAACAAGAGCUGAGGGGAUCCAAUUACUCACAAGUUCCCAAACAACCAAGGUGUCACAACCGAGCCUCCACCAGUAACCCUGAUGCAUCAUUGAGAGUGCCGCUAUUGGAUCCAUCUACGGCAUUGACACACGAAAAUCUUUUGUAUUCUGCUGCUUUGACACCAGUGCAAGGAUUGACAACUAAUGGGGUAAGUCAAUCAGGAAACAUGUUAGAGGGAACGACAAUUCCUAGCCCUAGCUGGUAUUAUCGUCCUGAGCCAAGUCAGCUAGCUUUUAUUCCACCUAUGGGAAACUUUACUUUCGAUGGAAGACCAUUACCUUAUUCUGGAGUUCCCCAAGUUCCACCAAGGGUACAAACACAAGGCGUUCUCACUCCCUUUAAUGCUCAACACGUACAAGCAAUAGCUAAGACCCCACCAACGGCGAAUCCAUUGCCAAAUAAUGAUCAGAGGUUUGUGGUAUAUGGAAAUCAGCAAGGAAAUCUCACCAAUAAUCCACCGACACCACAAUCCACUCCGAGACAAGGUGCCAGAAUUGUUAUUCCAGAGCAAGGUGAACAGCAAGAAACGGUGCCAAGGAUCAUGCCACGGCGUGUACCGACAGUGAAGGAGAUGUUAUCAAUCAUUGAUUUGUCACAAGUUGAGCAAAAACCUGGUGAGACAACAGAAGCAUAUCUCACAAGAUUCUGUCAAAUGCAUACUAAGAUUCCAGGAACCACUUCUGGUAAAUAUGAAGAAUCGACUGUAGGUAAAAUGGCGAUUUCGGGUAUUCUUGAUUUCAAGUUGAAAUUAGCCGUGACGCCACAUCCAAUCAGAUCAUUGACGCAGUUGAUGGAGCGGAGAUUGUUAACCUCAAGGAUUAUACGUGUGAAGCUUUACGGAGACCUGUCACAUCACAAGCUUACUCUCAGAAUACCAAUCCCACAGGAACCGGUAGAGCUUCCGAUUCCACUACGGCUAAGGUUAUCCAAGCAGAAAACUCCGUCACCAGUGCGUCGUCCUAGAAUGGUAAAGCCCAGGGUAGUUGAUGACAAUCGUUGGCAUCACAAUCAACAUAAAAAAUAUCCUGCUGUUCCUUUAGCAGCAACGGGUCUUACUCGUACUCAAAAGCGACGGUGGCAGCGGUUAAGAGCGGGUUAUUAUCAAGACAUCCAAGCAAAACGGCAACACCAUAUGUCCGUUAGUCCACCGCCAAAGAAACACACUCGUCCAUUGAUGAAACAAUACUGGCGCAAAGUAGCGGACCAUAACCCGUCAGUUAACAUGGUUUAUGUGUUGCCACAGACAUUCUGUUCUACGUCCGACACACUGAUUUGUGAAUCACCAUCAUCUCCUGUUGGCAUUGAGAUGACUGACACUUUUGAUGAUACUCCAGUGCCUCCAGCAAUUCUUUCUGAGCCUGCAGAUAGAAGUGAAAUUGUCACUGCUGAUACGGCAUCAUUUACAAAUCAGACUAAUUCUGUCGAAGCUUGUUACCAUGACAAAGACGUCGGUCCUUACAGGAUGUUAGGGAUCAACAAGUAUGGUAGGCCAAUGCAGGCCACUAUGCGUUGCGAUUGUACCCUUCCUGAAUGGAAGAUGUUGUGGCAAGAGGUCAACAGGCCGUAG